GUCCGCCGGAAGGGGGGCAGGCGCGUCGUCGGCGUCCUCGCGGGCAGGCAGGCAGGCAGGCAGGCUGGAGCUGGGCUGGGCUGGCGUCAUGAGCGGCGGCGGCGGCGUUGGCGGCGGGAUGUCGGCGGAGCAGCAGCUCCAGCAGCGGCUCCUCCGCAGCCGCCUGAGGGGCGCUCAGCACCCGGGCCUGGCGGUGGGCGGCCCGCUGGCGCCGCCGCCGCUCUUGCCUCCGCUGCCGUCCGUCCUGUCUCCGCCGUCGCCGCCGGACUCGCCUCCGCCCGGCACGACCCCGGCCGAGAUCCCGGCGGGCCCGCGCUGCCCCAGCGAGACGUGGUGCUCGCUGUGCCGCGUCUACUGCCCGGACCCGGUGUGCCUGCCGUGCGGCCACAACUUCUGCACGGCCUGCAUCGGGCAGCGCCUGGGCGAGCCCAAGAUCAACAUCUCCUGCCUGGAGUGCGGCGCCACCGCCCGCAAGAGGAACCUGCGGCCCAUCAAGCCGCCGCCGCUCCUGGCCAGCCUGGUGGCGGACAGGCCCAAGAGGCAGAGGCUCGAUUCCGGGCCCGGAGGGGCAGUCGCGCUGCCGCCGGCGCCCGUGGUGGUAGCACCGCCGCCGCCGCUGCCCCAGCAGCAGCACCAGCCGAUGACAGUGGCCCCCGCAGUGUCUCCGGCGCCGGUAUGCGCACCGACACCACCACCACCGGCAGCAGCAGCGCCGCCGCCGCUGCUGUCCUUGACGCCGCCCACUCCGCCGUCUCCCGUAGCGCCAGCGGCUCCUGCAGCACCGGCGGCAGACUUGGCGACGUCGCCCCCGCUGCCCAGAAGGUUGUCGGCAGGAGGAUGCGGAGAGGGCGCCGGAGGGAAGCUGUGCGAGAAGCACCGGGACGUGCUGCAGUUCUUCUGCGAGGAGGACCAGGCGCCCAUCUGCGCGCACUGCGAUCGGUCCCAGGAGCACCGGGCGCACGCCGUCUUCCACGUCGAGAGGGCAGCCCGGGACUACAGGGUAAGGGAAGGAAGGAAGGGAGGGAGGGAGGGAGGGGGAGAGCUCUCCGAAACAAGCAAUCAGUGGCAAGCAAAGCAAGCAGGAGCAGGUAGUCCUGGUGGCCCGUUCAGCUCCCUCCAAAAUCCGUUAUUAGGGCAGUGCCGUGGUUAGCACAAACAAAACAGCACACGGGACGGGGUUAUUGAAUUCUCCUAGCAAAACGUUUAUACCUCCGACUUCUUUGCAUAGCAGUCAACUUUCAGAUUUGAAAAUAAGGGAUCAGCAGCAUAGCUGUCAACUUUAGGAUUUGAAAAUAAGGGACCGGCAGCCUCACCUGUCCCGGGGACAGUCUAUGGGAUAUCUAACAGUCUGGGAUAGCGGGAAGCAGCAGGAAACGGUGCUGCAGUAAGGGGAUUUCCCACAAAAGGAAGGUUGAAAGCUAUGCUUCUUUGGCUGUAGGAAAACAUUUUGCUGCAAUAAUUUAACAUCGCUUGGUUUUUUUGUUGCUGUAAUGAACAUAAGGUUUUUAAUGAUUGACUGCAUCACUUAUGGGUUCAGAGAGCGCUGGAGUGAUGCUUAAAAAUGGCCAAUUUACAUUCUGUACUCGCUACUUUCUUUUUUUAUCUUUCCUCAUCUUUUAAUAGCAGGGCAUUUUUGUAAAAUAAAGUAACAACAGCAGUAAAAUAAUAGUAUUCAUUGUUCUCUGGCUGUUUUAUACCUGGCGCCAGAAGUAUCUCUUACUAAGCCAUGUUUGGAAAUAAAUUUUCCUUCUUAUAAGACAGGUUUAUUCUGGAUAAAGAAUUAUGCUUACACAGACCUUUAAACUUCCAUCUUUCUGGUUACUUUUGUAUCUUGAGUGAAAAUUAUGUUCAAAUAUUGUUGGCUUGGGUCUUUUCUUGCAAUAAUGAUCGCAUAGUUGUGAGUCUAUGUAGCAUUCCAAGCUGUGAUCUUCUGAGAAAAUGCUUAGCUGUAGGAUGGAGAAAUAAUUGGGUUAGAGGGUGUGUGGAGGGCCCUUUAGUCAUCAGAUUUCUAGCUUAUUUUGGCAUCUCUGGUUUCUACAGGAUAUCAAAUCAGCUGGAAGAACUGUGGAUCCUUAGCUUUAUGUUGAAAACAGGUUUCCAAAUCUAGGUGCCUAGCAACCUCUGAAAACAAAAUGAUGUCAAUGCAUUUAUCAAUAGAGGAUUAGAGACCAUUCAGCCUGAUUCUUUUGUAUUCACGAAAGUGUCAAGGUACCUGUUCCUUGUUUCUUAUUCUUAAGGUCCAGUGCAGUGACAAUGGCCUGUCAACUGAUGGAAGUUUCUGAAUAGUAACUUUCCCCUCUUUGUGUCAUAUUCCCUGCUUAUAGACCUAGAAGCUUGGAUUACUUAUGAAUUGGAACAGUAACAUUUACAAGAAGUGGACUCAGAAAAACAAACAUUUCUAACUUUAUUCCUUCCUAUGCAUUUUUGCUUGAAAAUAAAUUCUACUGAUUUCCCCCCAUCUUUUCUGAGAGCUCUUCUCAUAUUUCCUCUUGUGCCAUUUAUCAUAUUGAGUUGAGAAAAGGUGGUGUUCUUGCCACAGUGUUAAGUUUCUUAGUUUGUGCUUCGGGGAAUUCACAUUAGUGAGCUUCUGAUAACUCUUUUUUGCUGUCGGCUUCUUCACGCUCAAUAAUUUUAACACCACAAAUUAUUCAAUAGGUAAUAGCUUCAUCUUCGUGUGCCCCUGCUCUCCAGCUGCCAAAUUCCAACAGAACAUUCUGUGUCCCAGAUACCGAAAAACUGCCCCACCCAAUUUUAAGUGAUAGCUGGGCCAGCUAAGGAGAACUUGUUAGCUUCUAAGAGCCCACGUAUAUUGUUAGUGUUGAUUUAGGUCUCAAAAUGCACACCUAGGUUUUAAUACCUGCAGAAACAGCGUAUUGAGGUUAUUUUAAAGAACCAAGUAUUUAGCCUUGUGGUUUAAAAGAUAAGUAUGAAAAUACAUUCCCAGUUAUAAAGUAUGGGACGCCACAGAGAUGCCCGGCAGGACUCCCAGUUGUAAGGAAAGGAGUAGGGUGUCAGUAUUUCUCUUCCUAAGACUAGCAGAAGUGUUAACAAUGCAACGCAUUCAGCAUAUGGAUUUGAUUUCUUUUUUCUUGCUAUGGAGUGCACACAACCGUAUGGGGCUAUUGAAGAAACCAAACCUUCUUGUUCCUCAGAUUGGGAAAAGGCUUCUGGGUGCAGGUUGCCUUCUCUUUCUCAUGACAGAGUUACCUGAAGGCAAAAAAGCCUCUUGCCCAACUGAACUAUAUUUAUACAUCUAUACUAAAACAAACUCCUGUGCUCUUGAUACCUCUGAUUCCCUCCCUCCCAUCUCAAGCCACUUCUGUUUUCUCAGGAGAGGGUUCUGGCACAACUAGAGAUCCUGAAGCAGGAGAAGAACACGCUGUGGAGCCAGAAGCUGACUGGAGAGAGGAAAAUUCAGGAUUACAUGGUAGGUACCUGUUGCCAUUGGUGAUCAGGAACAGAGACAUUGGGUCUUGAGGGGUGGUUGUUGUUGUUUGGCCGUAUUACUCCCCGCCCCACCCCCAAAUCCCAUUUUUUUCUACAGGUUCAUAAAAGUCAGUGCUAACUAUCUUUAGCAAAUUACGCUGUUUAAACGGGCCUAAUUUGCAUAGGAUUUCUCCCCCCCCAACACAAACUUUUCAAGAAAACCCACAUCACAAGCUCAGGAAUAACACAAUACCUUGCUUCCCAUUAAAAAAAAUGUAGAUAAGUUGUUUCUGUUGUAAAAAAAACCCCAAAACUUUUUAUAUCUGAGUGUUUGCCUGAAGAGGCAGUCACUGUUUUGUUCUUGAUGUUUGUCUCUUUUAGUGGCUUGUUGUGUAAUAGCUAGCUGAUGGUCCUAAAUAAAUAUUUUGAUUUCAUCCUGCAGAGCAAGCUAUCCAUGGUUGGGUCCCAUACGGUGGACAAGUGGGAUGUUUGUCCUGGAUAACAGUCCUCAGGCGGGGUGCUGAGCAUUUUCCUGUUUCUGCUGCAGCCUCCUCUUGCAGCCUUAUCCUCCAACCAGGCUGGCUAUUUUGCCAAGUCCAGGGACUGAAGAAGCUGGGUUGCAGAUGCUAUACAACAGAACAUGCUUCUCAACCCCUCCAGGUCCACCUGGAGGGAGAUGGAGGCCGUUGCAGGGGAUGAUGGGGUAGUGGUAGGGAGAAGGGAGGGAAGUGUUGCAGACGCCUGCUGGUUUUAGAUAAUGCCUCCCGCCCCCGUCCCCCUAUCCCCCGCUACUCCCUGGUCAUUUUUAUUUUGCCUUCCUUGUCAUAGCCUAUUUUGGCCUCAUAUCUUCUGCGUCUGCACUGUCCCUUGUGCUGGUUCGUUAUACAGUCUUGUUUGGCUGCUGUCUUCUUAGGGCUGUAAUGACGAUCUUUUUCUUGUGCACCCACAAAGGGCUCUCUUAACUCCCAUUUUACCUGUGGUCAUUACAGGAAACCGUCCAAGCAGAGAGACAGGAGAUCAUAUCUGAAUUUGAGCGCCUCCACCAGUUUCUCAAAGAUGAGGAGCAGCACCUGCUUGCCCAGCUAGAAGAGCUCGAUAAAGAGAUAGAGAAGCGGAAGGACGAAAUGGUUACCAAACUCUCGGAAGAGCUUUCCCGUCUCGGCGAUGUGAUCGCCGAGAUGGAGGUGAAAUGUAAGCAACCGGCAGCCGAAUUUUUGCAGGUGAGAUUUUGCAAUCAACAGAGACCUCUUUCUCUGGCCUGGAGCGGAGACUAGCAGUGGGUUAAGGGCCCCAAGCAUUGGGGGGCCCCGGCACUGGAGCUCUAGAGAGCCUGCAAGUGCCUGAAAGCGGGAGUUGCCGCUUCCUUGCCACCGCAGGAGUUUGGGCCAGGCAGAGCUUAGACCUUCUCCAUGCUGGAACGGGCAGCAAACUGUUUAGUGUACAGGAUGCUGGCGGGGCACGCGCCUCCUGGAGGCAGCGGCAUAUGUGCUGUUAUACUGGAUUUGGGGUCUCUGCGUGGACCCCCAUCAGCUGUCCCGCAUGCCCAAGUGCUGCGAUUGUCUCCCCUGCGCAGGUGGCAAGGCUGUUCCUUAGGAACCAAAGCCAGGUGGGAGGGGGAAGGAGGAGCUCCAUGGUUCCAGCUUACAGAGAGCUGCGAAACGGCCAUUCCGAAGGAGGGGGGGAGCAUCCCUCUGAUCUCGACUCGCCUUCUUUUAGAGCGCCCUUUGGCUUUUGCAAAGGACGGCUGGGACGCUGUAGCUCCUCCCCUUGCGGAAGGCUAUGACACCAGAGCACUCUGCUGUUGGCAGAUGUACUUCCAGGUCCCUCAGCCUGACCUGAAGGCUGUUGAGAAGCUGGCCUGGAUGACCUCAUUCCUUCAGGUUCAUGUCGGGACACAUCGGGUAUGGCUGCCAUGCAGACCUCUAGUACGUACAGUCCUGUUCAUAUGGGUUCUCUCUCUUAAGGGUGUUUUGGGGACUCGGGGCACUGCUGUGGCUGUGGGACUGGAACAAACGUCACUCUGAGCUUUCAGUCUCUGGAAUAAUGCUGAUGACUGCAUGCCGCGGGGAUACCGGGGGAGGGACGCCUCUUGUGUUUUGACGGCCAGCGAGCGGGGUUUAUUUACUGACUCGUUUGGAGGAAAACAAAAGGGGCUUGUGGAGUGUGUGUGCCUGCAAAAAAAGCCUGCAUUUUCUGGGAUCUCCUUAGGGUCUUCCUGUGGUCCACUCUGCGGUGAACGUCAUUUGUAGCUAUUCCAAGGAUGUGAGGCUGGUUUGUUUUUUUUAAAAAAAACGAGCAGCAGCUCCUGCGCACUUGAUCCCUUGGCACAGAAUCUUUUUUUUUCUCCUUUAAUUACUUUGAAACCAGCUCUCUGAUCACAAGCAAGAAGGAGACGAUUUUAGGUAACCUGUGGCGUGCAGAGAGUCACUACAGGUGAUGGUGAAGAGUGCGACGCAGUGAUUGCGGGUUGGGGAGAUUGCGGAGGCUCUGCCUGGGCCUGUGCUCCUGGGAGCGGGGCGCCGUUGCCUCUGCCGAGGUGCACCCCCUCUCCAGCGGCGACGCGGUGUGCCUGUCGGGACAGCAGCAGCGCACUUAGAGGUCGUGUGGGUGGCGUGGCUGAGGGAAGGAGCCAGCGGCUCCAGGCGAAAGGCAGCCGGUGGGCAGGCCCCGGUGGGGGCGAGAAGCCAGCCUGUUCACCGGCAGGACGGGGUGGGAGGACAGUUCGGGAAGGAGAAGGCUGCUAAAAACUAGGGCAGCCCUUCUCCUCAGAGAAACAGUUGCAGCACCAGGGAGACCACCGUGCCGCGAAGGCUCCCGUGUGUAACCAGAGCACCCCCCACCUCUCCUGUCUUGGAGCUAACACCAGAUGUGCCACCUCUAGGAUCCCAGGUAAGAGCCUGAGGGCAACUGGGGGGGCAGGCUACUUACCCCCUGCCUUGUGAAGCAGCAGAGGCUAGAACAAAGCUUCCACCCCUCCUGCCUUUGAUAGCACUCUCGGAAGUCCUCUGCAGCCUGAGAUGGGGGGUGCAGAGGCAGGCUUCCCUUUUAGCUUAUGACUCACUCCUAGUGCAAAGCGUUGUGGGACUUAGCUCCUUUCUCUCUCUCUCUUUCUCUCUCUCUAGGACAUUAAAAAAACAAUGAGCAGGUAUGUGGCGAUUUAUUGUGUCUCCCCAUCCCCCCCCAAAAACCUCAAAAAUGACAUUCCUAGUCCUCAAAUUGCUGCUAGCUUGCAGACCAAGGAAAGUUGUGCGCCUGUUGCUCCUCCAGCCUUACAAGCACCAGGGCAGUAGAGCAGUGUUCAAGGCAGCAUUUUGAUUCCUCUGCUUCCAGGGACUCAAAACGGCCACUCAGCCUACCCUAGGAACAUUUGCAACUGGAAGCAGCUCUAUUUGUCACAGGUAGGGAAUCUGUGGCCCUCCACAUGGCUGUGGGAUUCCAGCUUCUCUCUGCCUCUGCUUGUGUGUCCAGUGGGAUGAUGGGAGGUGCCGCUCAACAGCAUCUGGGCAGCCACAGGUUCCCUAUACGAUAAGUGACGGAGCAGGAACAAAGCUUGGGAAGCGGGGGCGGCUUCACGCGGUAGGUUGUCACAUAAAACUGCAUCCCUUCAGUCCCCAGACCAGCUCAUGGCAUGUUGGUACCUGAAGUGGGAAAUACAAAUGACACACACAUAUAUUACAGCCCACCAUAAAAUUAUCCAGCACAAGCCUCACAGAUUCAGUUGGCAGUUGUGGCAGAGCUUACGUAGGAGAACUUUCUGGUGUGAAGGAGGUUUGUCCCCUGCUCUGCUGCAUUCACUGCACCCAAAAUCUGCUGCUUGAGGCAUUUGCCUCAUUGCAAAUUUGAAACGGUCCUUUGCAAAUGUUGAGACCAAAGACAGUGGUAAAAGAGAGAUUUGGAAUUGCAAAAUUUCACACUGGUAGCAUUUGAUUUAGUGAGAUAUAUUACUUAAUAAUAUGUCUGCUUGGCUUCCUCGAACCAGUAAAAGUGUCACGUGGCCAGAAAAGACCAUCCUGUACAUUGGAUUCCAACUCCCUUCAGCCCCGGCCAGCAUGACCAAUGCUCAGGGAUGCUGAAAGCUGUAGUUCAAAACAUUUGGAGGAUGCCAAGUUGGGGAAGGCUUGGCUAGACCAUUAUGGCCUUUGAAGAGGAAUGUAGGUCAUGGCUGACAGGACUAUUUAUACUAGGCGUUUUCUCUUUUUGCUUUCAAAAUGCAGAUGUGCAGCAGGGCAUUUCCAGCCAUCCGAAGAAGCUUCUCCUAAGCUCGAAGAGAGGCUGGAGAACUUCUCACGGAAAGGGAUGCUUCUGAAGGAAACUCUAAAUAGAUUCCAAGGUACAGAAAAAAAAGGCUGAAGAGAAUGCGGAACUUCUAACGCCUGGCUCUUUACCAUCUGAAAAUAACCUAAAUUCUAAUUAGUGUCUUCCGCUUUUCAUUUUAAAAAAUUGACACUGUGCAUUGAAAUCCAGUUCAGAUAGAAGUCCUCACAUAACUUUGGGAGGGAAUGCGGCUCUGGAUUGUGUAGAGGCACAAGGAAAGAUGGGGUUUCACCAGGAGCUGUCUAAGGGCACUUAACUGUGAACUGAAAGUCAUGAAUUCAUUGCGUGGCCCUAAGCUGAACCACUUUUUCAGCCUUCGGACCUCACUCCCUCCAGUUACUGCAGCUUAGCAUUUAACUUGGUUUUGGUAAGGGUUGCUUACAGCAAAGACAAACUGCUUUAUAAAUUGAGGUUCUUCUCUACAGUAUUUGUACCCUGAUGUUAUUAUGGCAAAAUGGGAGCUCUGUAUUCUUGCUGAGGCGUUGUGAUCUCAGUCCUGGAAGGCAGUGAUGGCAGAAAAUGAUAGGAAAAGACUGCAAGUUGUGUUUAAUGGGAAGCUAACAAAAGGGAGAAAGGGAAGGUUCAAUGAUGGCAGACUGUUUCGCAGAAACAGGAUGCGGGAAUCACUUAGUCGCUAAAUUCCAUUCCAUCUCUUAAAGCAGCAGUUCUCAACCUGUGGGUCCCCAGAUGUUGUUGGACUACAACUCCCAUCAUCCCUGAGCUCUGGUCUUGCUAGCUAGGGGGUGAUGGGAGUUGUAGUUCAACAACAUCUGGGGACCCACAGAUGUUGAGAAAGGCUGCCUUAAAGCAAGCUGCACCCACAUUAGUAACUAUCAUCUGGAAAUGAUGUUUAAGCACACUGACUUCUAACACGAGAAACCCAGGAUGAAAUAGUCGUCUAAGAAGACCACUCAGUGGCCUCGGGCAAGUUACUUUCUGAAUUGUGGGGGGCUAAGUGAUUUCUUUAAGAGAUAUUUUGCCGGGAGGAAAAACUACCUUUUCUUUCUCUAGAUAACGUGACAUCUGUCGUGGAGAAAGGAGAGACUGUGAAAACACUGAACGAUAAAGGUGAGUUUUCAUCAUCAUCAUCAAAAAUUUUUUAUUUAUAUCCCGCCCUCCCCAGCCGAAGCCGGGCUCAGCGUGGCUAACAACAGUCAUAGUGGUGGGCCUGAACCCUGUACUCUUUGUCUGCCCGCCAGAUGUUUAGGACUUCAGCUCCCAUCAGAUCUAGCCAUUAUAGCAAUAGAGAUGUAGUAAAAAUGGAGAAAUGUACACCAAGUGGGAGGCGAAGGCCACCUCUGCAUUGUGGAACAAAUGUUGUUUGUGGGAUGGGCCCACCCCUCAAUUCCUCAGACUGAAAAUGGCUUGCCUUAUGCCUUCAGCAGAUGCUGCUCUCUAUCCGGAUGUACCAAGUUCUUUUCUACCAUUGGACCGAAGGAACGCAGGAUGCGAAGAACUCCAGGAGAGGCUUCCCGCCUUAGACUACGUCCCCGACGCACCCAAAAGAUUAGAUUCCAGAGCUUUGGUUCUGGGCUGUGACGGGUUUACCUCUGGGAGAUACUUCUGGGAGUUGGAAGUGGGCGAUGGGGAAUUCUGGGCAGUCGGGGUCACCCGAGACCCGUCAAAGAAGAAGGGCAUGAUGGGGUUCAGCCCAGAGGAGGGGAUCUGGGCCGUGGGGUUGUGGAAGGGCCAACACUGGGCUCUCACGUCCCCUGUGACCGCCCUGUCCUUGAGCAAGCCCCCAAGGAGGAUCCGAGUGUCCCUGGACUACGUGGGGGAGUGUGUGACCUUUACGGAUGCGGACACCGACAGCCCCAUAUUCACGUUCCCACCGGCCUCUUUUAAUGGGGCGCGUACCCACCCCUUGCUGUGGGUGGUGGGGUUCCCCGCUCAUUCUGUAUUUCUGAGGCACAUGGGAGUGAAAUACCCAGCCGGGGUCCAUGAGAUGGAUAUCCUGAGUCCAUGAUUUUAACUCCUUUCCAUGGACCCGGUGUAAGAGGCGGGGGGGGAAAGAUGUCUAACUGGCCAAAGCAGAGAACCAAGCUCUUUGGGAGCAAGAAAGUUUGUGUGUUUUACCUCUGUGUGAUCUUUGGGAGAAUAGGAGGAGGUGGCGGAACUGUUCUCCUUGCACCAAGGCCUUACGAUGUUGCCCUAUGGAAUAGCACAAGGACUGUGAAUGAAGAAGACUGUAGGCCUUGAAAAAAUAGUAUCGCUGUUAGGACAUCCUUCAUUAUACAAAGGAUUGUCAAGACUCCUCUUCCUAGUGGUAGGUUCGAGCUUGUUCAGUUUGUGGGGGGGAACUUACAGAUAUUAAAAAUGGAAAUUUUAACUGCAUUUUCAGUUGGUUCGUAUUUAACACAUUUUUUAUUUAUUUAUUUUCAUUUAAAAGCAACUGCAUCUUAGCUUUAAUACUUAGCAGCUGAUUUAUAUUCCACUGAAAGGGUUUGCUCAAAAUGGAACACUUCAUCCAGAAAUUUUUUGCUUCCUCUGCGGGUGACCCUAGCACAGAGGUGAUGAUCCUGAAUGGGGCAUCUUCAGAUGUGGCAGAUCUGUUUGUGGAUAGCCUUUAAUCCAUUCUCUAGGGCAGAUUGAUCUCUUUCCUCCCCCUGGUUCAUUCUGAAGCCCAGUUUCACUCCUGCUUUACUCAGUUGGUACAAAUCCUCCACACAACAAUGCUAAACUGGGUGUUCCAAUUUUCCUGAAGGUGACAAAUACAUAGCAUCUAAACAUUGUGCAAAGAAUCUUAGGACAGUAGUUGAGGUGGCUACAUUUUUUUAAAAAAACACACCAAACAUGUAGUGUUCUUCAAAGCAUUUCACACACUCUGCUUUUGGAAUAUCUCUCUUUUCUGAAUGGGUGUUUCCCUUUGUGAACAUGGCACUAUUGGACACAGCAUGAUUUUAGAGUGAAUGAGAUCCAAUUUGAAAGGAGUGCCAUGCUUUUUUUUGUAUACCACAGGAAAAAAUAAGCCUGUUUUAAUAAAGUUGCCUUCCCAGUAACAGGAAAA